AAACGAUUUCUCCGUUUCUAUUAUCCUACACCCCCGCAACCAAAGACUGUAUACAACACUUAUAGUGUAAGUAGUUGUUUAUAUUAGGAUAUAUUAAUUAAGUAUUACACAUGCUAUCACAAGUGUAUGUGAAGGUUUGGGGAGCAGAAAGUGUGUCGUUCAAUCGAGAUCAGUAGCGAUCUACUUUAUUUCAGUUGCGCAACAACGGUUGUUGUUACAAUCUAACCACCGUCGGGACUUUUUGAACAUGGCUGAACCAAGCGGCAAAAGAUUGAAGACCAACCUGCCUAACUGUAAAACUCACCGAGCUUUUCUCGGGAGCAGAGUGAAACAGAAUCUCCCAGCGGUCGUUGAGGAGAGUUUGUGCGGAGUAUCUACAUUUAUUAUGGAGGUCGCUUACAUACUUGAUGCACUGGCCAAGAUAUUUGAGCAGGAUGACAUUGCCUUGCCAAGAAUGGCAGCGUUCUUCCACGAGCAGUCUGUGAACGAGCAGGCGAAGGCUGAGGCCAUGCUGGACUACCUGUCAGACAGAGGGGGACAGUACUGCAGUAAAGACAUCCAGAGGCCUAGCUGUGAGGUGUGUGCGGUGAUCCCCGCCCUGGAGCUGAUGCUGGGCCAGUGGAAGGAGGAGAUGGCCGUGAUGGUGGAGCUCAGCCAGUUGUCCAAGGAGCACAGCGACUCGCACUCCGCCAGUGUGGUCAAGAGCCGCUUCCUGGGGCCGCUGGUGCCCCGUGUCAAACUGCUGGGAGACCUGCUGACCAACGCACGUAGGGUGGGCUGCACCAGCGACCGCUCGGGGGGCUUCGGGGAGUACCUCAUCGACCAGCUGCAGGAGGAGUUGACCAACGUCUCCAGUAGAUAAAUCACUCAGUAGUUUAUAUUAAAGAAAACUACUUUGCGAGUUCGACUCUCAAAACAAGCCUCUCCUGUCAGUGUUUUAUGGCCACCUAUAUUCUAUUAUUGCUCGUCGGUAAGGCCAAUGUAUUGUAGAAGACACUCCCUAGUCCUACAUAACUUGCUAGCUCCUCAAUAGAAAUGAUUGAAACUGAAAAAACAAGGGGAAUAAUUUGAGGCGUAUGGCUUAGUUACAACUAGGUUUAUUCUGAACCAAGCUGUAGCACUUCUUCUUAAUUCCUGUUUGCAUUUCUGCACAAUUUGUUUAAAUGUUUGGUGUGUUCGAGAGAGGGCAACAUCUUGAAUCCAGUAUUUUAAGUUCUAAAAUACAUGUAUUCAAAAAGAAUGAAUACAUAUAUUAUGCACUAGAUUUGGGCAUUUAAAAGGGCACACUUUAUCAUGUACAGUGCCUUCGGAAAGGACCCCUUUACUUUUUCAACAUUUUGUUGUGUUACAGCCUUAUUCUAAAAUGGAUUAAAUCGUUGUUUUCCCUCAAU